CGAAACGGCUCGAGACAUCACGGUAUUCUGUGCGCCAUGCCGAUUGAGGGCUCGUCCAGGCUGCCUGCGUGGGAACGAGAGAAAGCGAUUCGUCGCGAGAGCAAGCUGCGCCGCGAAAAGCUCCCACCAUCACAAAUCCACAGCCUCGACCCACAAGCAGAGACCACGUCGCGUCCUGCGUCGGAUAGAGCUGCCGCUAUCAAAGACAAAAAGCAGUCAAACGCCGCCGUGCAGCCACACUUCGUGCCAUACGACGAAGUACCGGAAGAGACUGAUCUAUGGCCAACAAAGAAGUCGCCUCCGUUACGAAGUCAAGACAAUACAAUGGCCCCAAGCAACCAAACAAAGUUUCGCGCCGGAGCAUCCGCGGCAACAGCCCCCAUGAAGGCUCCAAAGGUCCACACGUUGAAUGCCAACAAUGCUGACGUGCGACCCGGUGACCAACACACACAAGAUUGCGAUGCAUGGAGCGUAGCAUCGAGCGAUACCAACUCUGACGACGACGAGGAUAAGCUUGUGGACAGCUUGGAGUUUUCGAUCGUUGUAUCGCCAAAGCCAAAACCAACGGUGAAACCUCCAGUCAAAUCACCCCCUCCUUUUUCGACCCAUCCGCAGCCCACGACAAACAUCAGCGCGCCAAAGCGUCGUGAGAUGCCUGCACCCAGCCAAUUCAAGGCGAAGGUCGCCGACGAGCGCGCCCAGACAAAGAACGAGCUCCCUGCUCCACCUAUUCAAAAGAAUCAACUUGAUCCAUCCACAGUCGCAUCGAACCACCACCCAUUGCACCCUAGACAACCUGAAGAGAAAGCCUUGAAAUCCACCAAACUCCACGGUGGAGAGGUAAAACCUAUCGCGAACGCCAUGGCUCCGCGACUCGAAGCGCCGAUUGAAAAAGUGCCCCCGCCUUCUCGACCUGCCGUCGUUGCCAGUGAAUGCCAGCCAAAAUAUCCUAUUGCAGCUCAUCAAACAUCCAAACCAGCUGCAAAACAAGUUCGCGACCCCAAGUGCAACAUCUUUGAUCAAGCUAAGCCAUCGCCUAUCGAAGUUGUCGCUCCACCGCAGCCUGUAGCAAAGCCCAAGGCAACGCUCGGCACGUGUCGCGCAAUCACCGUCCUGUCGGCAUCGAUGGAAGAAGAGCAGCUGCGCCGCGAGAUUUUGUCGUUGAAUUCAAAGCUCGACAAGGUGCGCUUCUCUGCGUCCCACGACGACGACGACGACGACCCCAAGAACAACGAAUGCAGUGAUGCAACGUCACCAGCUUACGGAGGCGGGACUCAUCACAAAGUUGGAACCCGCACGGCGCUCGUCGAUCGUUGUUCUCUCGAAAAACGCCAACAAAUGUCCGGAGUGUAUCAAACCCGUGUCCGCAGAGGCGUUCAGGUACAUGUGCCGGACAGCGGCAAGCCAAGCGGGAAGAAAGCGGACAAGGUGUGUGUCAAGAAGGACUUGGCGUUGAAAAUGCUCCUAUCGUAGGACCUGUCUUCCAACCCGAAC